AUGUCAGAUAAUUUUUUAGCUAUUCACAGUGCCCCUAAAAUAAUGUCUUUGCAGUAAAUUUAGAUCAACAAUUCUAAAAAAACCUAAACACCCAAAAAAAAGGAUUUUUUUCGCAACAGAGGCAAAGGAAAUUUAUCACCUUUAAGAGCAUUUUCUGUUAAUUAAACGCAAUAGACAAGUCAAAAAAAAGAAAUUGUACAUGAGUAGAACUAUUUCAUCAAAUCAAAAGACUUAGAUAAUAGCUUUGAGAUAAAAGGCCAAUCUGAAAGAGAUUAAUCUGUUUCAAGUGUAAAUGAAAUUUAAUCCUCUCUUUAACAAAAAAAAACUCGUUCUUUGCUUUACAUAAAAUCUUCUAAUACCUAACGACUCUAAUAAAAUCUUAAAAAAUUCAAUUUUAAUACAGAAUAAAAUAUAACAUCUUUUCCUUCAUUUAAUGCAUUCCCUAAGUUAGAUUAAGUUAGCAAUCAAAAGAUUAAAAGCAGCAUAAAUUUAGAAAGCAGUAAUAAUAAAAAGAUUGAAAGUACUACUAGCUACUUUAUGAAUUUUCCUUCAUAAAAGUCUGUCUAGAGGGAUUAAAGUCCAAUUUUGAAAUCAAAAUAAAAGGUUAAGAGUUAUACUUUUAUGUAAGAUGAAAAAAAUUAAAUGCUUAUGACCUAAAUAUUAUUUAGAAAGCCUAAAUUAACAAAUAAAUACUACCAAAUAAAGCCACCUAAUACUCCUCAAAUUAAAGCCUUUGAUUUAUCUAUAGAUAAAAGAAAUAAAACCUCAAUAGGAUUUCAAUCUAAUCAAAAACAAAAUUAAAUUUUUAAGCCUCAAAUUUAGAUAUUAGAUGAAAAUUCGAAGGAUGAAUGCGAAAACAUGUCACCUGUAAGAGAUUAUUUUACAAAAUUACCUUAGUCAGUAAGUGCAGAAUCUUGGGCUGUUCUAAAUGCAAAUAAUGGCUAAAUCUUAUUUGGUAAUAAUCACUUCAUCAUUCGGCAGAUGGCAUCUCUGACUAAAAUUAUGACUCUAUAUGUUUCUUUAAAAGUUAUUUAAGCUCUAGAUAUUUCGCCUUUUAGAACCUAUGUUGAAGUCUCUAAAAAAGCUGCUUCUAUGAAUGGCACUUCUGCAAGAUUAAUAGAAGGUGAUAGAUUAAGCUUAUGGGAUCUAAUGCACGGAAUGAUGCUGCCUAGUGGUAAUGAUGCAGCUACUGCUUUAGCUGAAAAUUUAGGAGUUUUUUUAUAUUAUCAAUCUGAAGAAUAUAAAUUAUAAUAUUAGUAAAAUCCAUAACAAUUUUAAAAUGAAAAGUUUAGAGUAAAAAAUUCUUAGGGUUACUUUAUUAAUUAAAUGAAUAAGUAUGCACAUAAUUUAUAAUUAAAUAAUACUCAUUUUGCUAAUCCUACUGGGUUAGUAAAUAAUUUUAAUAGAAGCACAGCUGCUGAUUUAGCUAAACUUUCUUAUCAUUUGAUAAAAGAAGAAUAAGUAAAAAAAAUUGUAGAGUGUAAAUAUCAUUUCGCAUAAAUCUAUAUGAAUAACAAUAAAAAGAGAAGUGUUAUAUUUGAAAAUACAAACAAGUUAUUAUCACAUGGCUAUUCUGGAUUAAAAACUGGUAUAACUACUGCUGCAGGUCCUUGUUUAUCUGCAUGGUAUAAAGAUGACUAAGUCAAUCUAAUUAUUAUUUUGUUAAAUUCUUCUUCAAUGGAAUAGAGAUGGGUUGAUACUCAAAAUCUAGUUUCUUGUGUUAUAAAUUAAUAAUAAAAUUCUAAUGUUCAUUCUUCAUAACUACCUUGA